AUGCACUACCCGGCGGGGAACGCACUGCAGCUCGGCUUUGAGCAGUGUUACUGGAGCCUUGUGGCGCCAAAUGCUUGUCCGACGAACAACUCAGCUACUAGUGUAUGCGGCGAGUGGGAGCCUGUCCCUGUAGUGGACGCGGUUCCAGCCCAGAGAGCUGACAGCGGAGCGAGACGAUCGAGCUAUGAGAAGCUUGUUGCCGCUUCUAGCGGUGACGACUCGAGUGUGCGGCUCGUUUGCGGCUCAGUGCCUGGUCACUUGUGCAGUGAACCUCGUUGCUCUAUGACUGUGCUUUACUUUGAACCUGCGUUCGGACGCAUGACGGAUCACUUGCUCUGGAUCGAAGAGCAGCCCGAUGAAGGCCCUCUAACCGGCAACGCCGUCUUCGUCAUGGAAAAGGCCACACAUCAAGUGGAAAUAGGAUGGACGCAGUGGUCCAUCAACCUACGACUGCACCCGCACCUGCAGUUCAUUGCAUGGGAGCCACCCAUACGGAGCGCAGCUGGUGCGUCGCUCAUGCUGCAUCCUCAAAACGGCGGUAUGCAGCUCGCGUGGGUGGAGCUGCAGUUUGCUGCUGGAGAAGACUCUGCGCUGGUAUAUCUGUUGAGUGCUAAGGAGCUUCAACGGCUUCAGUUGACUCGCAGGCACGCUCGCCAAUGGGAAAUAGCGGAUCUGGAUUGCAUUGAAAUGGUCGUUCCGCUGCCGACACCAGUGCAUAGAAUCCUGCGAUGGAUUCGGCCUUUUGUCGAUUCUGACAAAGCCGUGGUUUUGCUCCAUGAAAAUCAGAUAUGCUCACUGCCUUCCGCCCAGCGCAUCGACUUGAGUGCUCUAAUCCAACCGAAAGGUCGCAUUGAUGAUGUUGUUGCGCUCACCGAUGAUCGCAUGCGGCAGGUGUGGCUCGCUCGCUGUGUCGAUGGAACGACACACGCGAUAGAGGUCGAUGCCUCGUUUCGAGCGAGCCCGCUACCGAUGAUACCCACGUAUCGAAUGUGGCCGAGUGGUCGACUAGAGGCCACACGACCGCCAAUUCCUCGUGUGUACGUAGUUCGUCAACCACGUUUCCCCGCUGUUGCGAUGACGCAGCCAGAUGCAGUUACCGCAUCGAUAGAUGGUGAUCGGGCGUCGCUCGCUCGACAUGCGGACGAAGGGCAUCCAGCUGGGGCUGUGAGCCUCAGCUCACCAUCACACGGAGCGAGGUCAGAGAGCGGCCCAUCGCGUGCCUGCAUAGUCACAGAACGCGACUCCGGCGGAAUGCGCAGCCCACGAUUGUUGCCCGGAAACUUUGUACCGAAUCCGCUGACACAAUCGCUGUCAUCAAAGCGAUCGGGGUCAGCGUGCAGCGAUGUACUACCGACUGAAGACCCCGCACAGGGACAUUCGUCGAUGUCGAUGUCGAUGACCACCGCAGUCGGCGAGUCGGCACCGAAUAGAAGCCUCGAUAAGCGGUCGACGCAUCGUUCUGCAGCGCAACGCAUCCUCUAUUCUACCGGAUCCGGAGUCUGCCUCGUUGAGCUCGAUGUUUCAAGCGGCGCUGUAGGCGAGCACAUGGUCGUGGACGGAGUAGUUACCGGUCUGUGUUUCUUCGACAGCAGAGAGGCGUUGGUCGUACUGCGCUUGCCGGGCGAUCCGCUGAUGAACGAGCGCAUCGCUUGCUUCCCUGCGCACGUAGUGCAUCCUUGGUUGACUGAGGGCCGGCAAGGUGCCUGGCCCUUUGCACCGCCGUGCUCCAUGGAACUUAUGCUGGACGCAGUUACCGAAAUUGCUGAAGAUCGUCAGGCGCGCUUGCAGGAGCAACACGAGCAGCUUGAACGCACGCUGCUGGCGAUGCGUCCCGCCCCGCAGUACGCUUACCUGCUCGGCAAGAACGAGCACGAUCGUGAGCGCCUUGCCACCUUGUUCUCGGUGGGUGUCCGAACAGAGCGUGGCUUCGCAGAAGCGCCGUCAUUACGGGUCGCUAUACGCCUGUCGAGUGAGAUCAGGGAUGCGUCUGGGAGUCGACAGGAAUUACCAUCGCUCUCGGAUGCCUGCAGCUUUGUCGUGCACUUGGGUGCGGCAUUGGAAGCCAUACCUGGUCCUCUUGCUGGCGCUUGCAUGGACAACUUGAACGUGGUGCGAUGCAUCCCGGCCGGAGACUGGGUAAGCGCCACCGAAGAGCGUGUGAUGCUGGUACCCUUGCCCGCCAACUCCCAUGCACCAGUGCGGCUACUGGUGCUGCUCUGCUUUCAUGGCCGUUUGGAGGAUCCCGAAGCAGCAUCGGCAGCAGUUGCGUCUGCGUCUGGAUCGGAGGCUUGGCAGUUAGCUCCGCGAGGUAGCCAAGCCUGGUGGCUCGUGCUGACAGAGCGGCAUCUCGAUGUAUUCGACCUCGUCGAGCGCGUCACGGGUGCGGAUUUUGCGGCAGCGCUACCCCUGGCACCAUAUCAUCAAAAGCCGACUUGGUACGGCGACGUACCGAUUUUGCCAGCAAGGAAGCGGCCGCGCUGCCAGCGACUUGUUGCUGGUAUACCCGGGGCCGUUCUGCGCGAGACGUUCCCGUCGUGCUGGUCAAACGGCGAUGAUCGAGACACUGCUACGAUUUUCGUUGAGACGCUGCUGGGCAGCAGAUUCCAAGUACACAUACAACGCCAGGACUCGGACCUGGCUCGCUUCCAGGUCCAAUUCAGCGGCCCGCUGGACGUGAUUUCGUGGGCACGAGUUGCGCUCCGGGAGCGCUGCGACCGACAUCGCUCUAGGCGUGAGGCGGCAGAGGCGCUCCCGGUCAGCGGAGGGCGCGCAGCGUCCAGGACGCCUCACCUGGUGGAUUCUGAGUUUCUCAAAGCUUGGCUUGGCGCGCGAACAGGGUCGUCAGCGCCUCCAUUGUACCCGCGAACGACUGCAAUGCCACUUAGACCAACUCCAGCGGAAGAGAGGCAUCUGCUCGCCUGGAUCCGCGACGGAUUAGCGACCUUUUCGGAACGUCUCGAGUCUGCGGAGCGGGUGUACGGCAUCAUUGCGCCUUAA